AUAAACGUGCGGUCGAUAUUUGUCGGAAGAAUAGAAUGCGCGCAGUCUGGUCGGUUUCCGUCCGUCACCAUUCGCUAGUCUCAGGUGGCGAGAGUGUGCGAAGCGAUUCCAUUGGUUCAGACGAUCUCAGCUGAGGUCUGAUCCGAGCCGACCGACAGUUUACCCAUACCGUAUCAGACGCAACCCGAUUAUUCUCCCCAAUCCCUGCUAUAACUGCCGAUAUAACGUGAUUCUCAACAAACUCGGUUGGAGAGAGGGAAAAAAAGAAAAGACAGAAGAUUUAGAAGAUCUUAAGAUCAGCGCGUUUCAAGCCUCUUGAAACGAACCGUCAGUUUCGUGUAUCUUUUCUUUCGUCGAUAAAUGUUAAUUAGAAGUGUUUCAAGUUGAAAAACAGGACUUUAUUUAAAAAGACAAGGAUGGCGCCGAAUAUAACAAGCACACCAACGGGAGUGUUAUUCGAAGGUGAGACUCUUGGCGAGCCGCAACUAAUUGAAGAGCCCAAGGAAAAACCUAAAUAUGUUCGACGUAUCGUUUGGAGAAAUGUGGUGGUGUUCUCGUAUCUACAUCUCAGCGCCCUUUACGGAAUUUAUCUUUCAUUCACGUCCGCCAAAUUGGCAACCGUCAUUUUCGCAAUUUUACUGUAUCAAGUCAGUGGCUUAGGAAUCACAGCCGGAGCUCACCGACUCUGGGCACACCGAUCUUACAAAGCCAAGUGGCCUCUCCAGCUGAUACUCGUGAUUUUGAAUACUAUAGCAUUUCAGGAUGCAACAAUCGACUGGGCCAGAGACCACAGGGUUCAUCACAAAUACAGCGAGACCGAUGCUGAUCCACAUAACGCUAAGAGAGGUUUCUUCUUUUCGCACGUGGGUUGGCUGCUCUGUAGGAAACAUCCGGAAGUUAAGGAAAAGGGCAAGCGUAUCGAUUUAAGUGAUCUCGAGAGCGAUCCCAUAUUGGCAUUCCAAAAGAAAUAUUAUACCAUACUGAUGCCAUUACUGUGCUUCAUUUUACCAACUAUUAUUCCGGUCGUAUGUUGGAACGAAACCUGGACGAAUGCUUACUUUAUUCCUACCAUCCUCCGUUAUAUCUUCACAUUGAACAUGACAUGGUUAGUAAACUCUGCGGCUCAUCUCUUCGGCAAUAAACCCUACGACAAGUAUAUCAAUCCAUCAGAGAACAAAAGUGUUGCCAUAUUCGCCCUUGGUGAAGGUUGGCACAAUUACCAUCACAUCUUUCCCUGGGAUUACAAGACGGCCGAGUUUGGCAAUUACAGGUUCAACUUUACGACAGCCUUUAUCGACUUCUUCGCGAAGAUCGGUUGGGCAUACGAUUUAAAGAGUGUAUCUGAGGAUAUGGUGAGGAAACGAGUAAAGAGGACGGGUGAUGGCAGCCACGAAUUAUGGGGUUGGGGCGAUACAGAUCAAACGCAGGAAGAAAGAGACGAAGCGAUAGUGAUGCACCAUUACACGAAGGAUCAGUAGGAUCCUACGAGUGUGCGUGCAAGACUGUCUCGAUUAAAUAAGGCUUUCUUCGCAUUUGUUCACACGAUCACGAAUUGAUUCGUUUGGACAAAUUUCUAUAAAAAGAUAUAUAUUUGAGUCGGCCUUUCCCAGGACUUACGUCUCGACCGUCGCGCAUCUCGGUUUCGAUAUGUCGUUGCACAUUAUUUGGCGGGUUCCAUAUAAUAUAGCCUCGGAAGGCUCGACACCGAGCAGGAUUUUUAUAAUGUCGAUGGUGUUCUGGAUUCCAAACAAGACUCGCUCGAUAAACUUUUCUAUCUCUUUUUCAGAUAUAGAAAUUGAUAUAUAUAUAUAUAUAAUUAGCUUCCGAAUUAUACUAUGUAAUUAUUGAACAAUUUGUAUUAUUCAUACAAUUUUUAACGCAUAUAACGAUAGAUAUAUACAUAUCGAUAUAACGAUAGAUAUAUGUUUGUAUAAUUGGAGCAUUGAUCCAAUGUAAUAAUUUUGUACUUUUGGCUUUUAAAGUAACGCGUAAAAAUAAAAUAUUGUGAUAAAGAAAAAAAAAAGAAAUGUAGAAAUUUAAAUAUGAUACAAAAAUUAGAAAUUUAACUUGACAUAAAUACAAAUCGUUUUAAGAAUGUAUAAUGGUUAUAACGUUGCUCAAUCUUAAUAUAUAUGUAUUUAUUACAUGACAUUUUGUACGUUAUACCUUUUUGAUUAAAAUAAAUAAUUUGAUUCUUAAA